UGAAAGAGAGCUCCCGCCCAGCACGGCGUCGAGCGCCCCGGCUGCCGUCCGUAGCAUCGUCGUCGUUGUCGUCGGUUGCCGUCACCGUCGCCGUCGCCGUCGCCGUCGAAGGUGGGGGCGGCUUGGCUGGGCUGGGCUUGUCGCAAGUUGCCGCCCAACGCUAGUGGUGGUUGGACUCGGAAGGGUUUGGGUGUCGCAAGGCCGUAGUGUGCACUUCAUAAACUAGGGUUUCCACCAUAGAGGUGCCGCGCCUCCUUUUGUUGUGUUGUGUCGAGCCCGUCGCCACCAAUCCGUGGCAGUCAGCGAGCGUACUACCGGAGCUUCCGCCGCACGACGGGUUCUGGUGGUUCCGUUAUGUCCGACGUCACGCGCACGCAGACCGAGCCAACUAGCAGGCGACAGGACGCACGCACUUCUCGAUUGAGAGCGUUUCCAAGCCCCCAAAAUUGCCCUGUCUUCCGUUUGUCAGGCAAUAGUCGAGGCGAAGGGCCCUGGUUCUGUUCGUUCGAUGUGCUAAGUAAUCGGUGAGAUCCGUCGUGGAUUUUUAAUUUUUUUAGUCUACAAGCGUCC